GUGUGCAAGCACACGGUGAGUGAGGUCUGGGUCUACACCGGCCAGAUGCAGCUCGGUGAACGCACAAUGUCCGAGUGAUGGGCUGCGGGACGAGUAAAGUGCUACCAGAGCCGCCGAGGAACUGCUACGCGGAUUUUGUGAAGACUGUGGUGAAGUGCAAGCCGAAGGUGUGCGAGGUGGGGCCACUGACAGCGGGAUCCAAAGGCGUGGACAGCGGGCAAAACGAUGCGAGCUGCCCCAAUGGAGCAAGGAGGACCCGGGUGGCCAAGUACAGAGCCAAGUUCGAUCCCAAAGUCACAGCAAGGUAUGACAUCAAGGCUCUUAUUGGGCGAGGAAGCUUCAGCAGAGUGGUGAGAGUUGAACACAGAGCGACCAAACAGCCUUUUGCCAUCAAAAUGAUUGAAACAAAAGCUAAAGAAGGAAAGGAGGUGUGUGAGUCUGAGCUGAACGUGCUUCGGAGGGUGAGCCAUCGCAAUGUCAUUCAGCUGAUCGAGGUUUUUGAGACCCAGGAUCGUAUCUACAUGGUGAUGGAACUAGCUACUGGUGGAGAACUUUUUGACCGUGUAAUUGCCAAAGGAUCAUUCACAGAGAGAGAUGCAACAAGGGUAUUGCAGAUGGUUUUAGAUGGGGUCAGAUACUUACAUACCUUGGGAAUUACACACAGAGAUUUGAAACCAGAAAAUCUUCUUUAUUAUCAUCCAGGAUCAGAUUCCAAGAUCCUUGUCACUGACUUUGGACUAGCCAAUUCUGGGAAUAAAGGUGGAGACUGGUCCAUGAGGACCACUUGUGGCACACCAGAGUACAUUGCGCCUGAAAUUUUGUUGAGAAAACCUUACACCAAUGCAGUAGAUAUGUGGGCUUUAGGUGUAAUCUCCUAUAUUUUGCUGAGUGGAACUAUGCCGUUUGAAGAUGAAAACCGGACCAGGCUUUACAGGAUGAUUCUCAAAUGCAAAUACAGUUAUAUAGGUGAGCCAUGGCCGAACGUUUCUAACCUUGCCAAGGAUUUCAUUGAUAAACUAAUUACAAUAGACCCCAGUGAGAGAAUGGCAGCUGCACAAGCUUUGAAACAUCCAUGGGUUGUGACAAUGGCAGCUUCAUCCUCUAUGAAGAACCUGCAUCGGUCAAUCUCUCAGAAUUUGAUGCGGAGGACAUCAUCCCACAGUCCAAGCUCUAAGUCGGCACAGUCCAGCAAGUCAAGCCGUUCUAGCAAGUCACGUCGUUUACAUGAGAAGGAAAUCCGGGAGUUUAAUCUGUGGUACCAGCAACAUAUUGAUGAGUAGUGAUCAAUGGGCUGUCAAUCAAGGUUCUUACUGCUAAUUAAACUAUUCUUCAUACCAAUCAUUGAAUCAUCUAGAUUUUCAAUGAUUGGUUGACCAUUUUAAUGAGCCCAAAUAAAGUUCAAACAAUUCAUAGACAUAGCCGUAAUAUUGCUGUUAAACUCACUGUUGAACAAAUGUCAUAUCAAAAUAAAUAGUUUUAUCAGUAUUUUAGCAACUCUGUUUAAUCAGUGUCAUCUUUAAGAUGGAUGUAUGUGUUUCUGCCUUCAAAUGUAAAACUCAAAGCCUUUUUCACCUUUUCUGACUUCCAUUUAGCACUAAGAAUUCUUGGGU